CACACUCUGGGAGCCAGCGGCACAAAGUUCACACUGCACGCAAGUUCUAACACAUUUGAGAAGCGAUUAGUGAGUGCAGACUGGACUGGUUUUAGUGGAAACAUGUUUGCAUCACCUGUGACUACCAUCACCUUACUGUGUUUCUGUUUGCUUCAUCCUACUUUGGGGCAGGACUGUCCUGGCAGGCAAGAAAUUCAAGGGUCCUUGAAGCAGGUGCAGAAGCUUCUGUCAUCCCAUGAAGCCUCCUACAUGCAGAGUCUGCGCAACCUAAAGAAGAAAAUAAAUUUACUGCUGAGCAGUGCUGCAAGGCAGAACACAAAAGCCAUCAACAGCACCUGCCCAAAACUGGAGUCCCUCAUCAACGGGAGGAAACUUGGCAAAUCGCACAGCAUUGGCCAUGAGGUUCACUUCCUGUGUGACCCUGGUUAUGAACUCGUGGGAUCAGAGAGCAGGGUUUGUCAGGAAAGCCUGACCUGGAGUGGCCAGCAACCAACCUGCCGAGACAUCAAUGAGUGUGCAUCCUCGCCCUGUCUGAAUGGUGGGACGUGUGUUGAUGAGGUGAACCAGUUUUCCUGUGUCUGUGCCAAAGGCUGGGCUGGAGUUACCUGUCAAAGCCCUGUGCCAACAUUCUUUGUCACCAUGACAAACACCUCUGCCGCCACCUCCCCAUCCACAGCUGCUGCUGCAUCCACUUUACCAGCUGCCACCACCGGGCCUUAUGUUCGUCCAUCACGGUGCACUAUAGUGCAGGGGACCACCCACUGCACCUGUGAGCCAGGAUACACCAUCUCUGGCAGAGACAGCUACACCUGCACUGAUAUUGAUGAAUGUGAGCUGUUUCAUAACGGACAGGCUGGGAGAUUGUGUUUACACGCUUGUGUUAACACCCCUGGAGGCUAUCGCUGUUCCUGUCCUGCAGGAUACAAUGUGACCCGUGACGGACGCAGUUGCAAAGAUAUUGAUGAGUGCGCCACGAGGCAAAACAACUGCACGAAGGACCAGAUGUGCAUUAAUACAUAUGGUGGUUUCCAGUGUGUUCGUGUGGACUGUCCCAAAAUUCCUAACGCUACUUAUGUCAAAACGUCACCUAUGCGCUGUGAACGUAACCCCUGCCCUGUGGACAACAAGGCGUGCUCUCAGGCCCCAAACUCCUUCUCCUACCAUUACUUGGCUGUUGUGUCCAACCUGUCAGCUCCCCGCGUCAUGUUCAGAGUGUCAGCACUGCGCCCAAUAGGUGACACCCUUCGUUUCUCCCUGCUAGGCGGAAGGCCAGUUCGCCGCCACUUCACAGUGCAGCGCUCAGACCGCCUCACGGGCGAGCUGAUGCUGGCGAGCCCUGUGCAGGGCCCUGCCACUCUGGAGGCAGAGGUGGAAAUGAGUGAGCUGGAGAGGCGAGUGCAGCUGGGGAAAUACAUCACCAAAGUCACUAUGUUUGUUUCCCAGUAUGAAUUCUAAGAAAAAUCUAUUUAUUGUGCAAAAAAAUAGAAAUGCAUGUAGAAAAUUGGUACAUGUAGCAGAGAGUAAAACAGCACUUGACUUGAGGAUACUUGCAAUAAGCUGGAAAGACUAAAGAAUGACAGCCCGUCCUGAAAUAUAGCAUUAUUUUUGUAAUAGUGCCUUAAAAUUUAUAUGCACGUAAUCAUUAUGCCUACGGAUGUUUUGAUUUAUAAUUAUGUUUUAUUGAUUUUAGUUUUGGUACUCUUUCUGUGAUAAAACUAUAAUGCCUGUAUUGC